AUGCGGAAGGUGAAAGAAUCUCCCACGCCAGUGGUGAACAAUGGCCCACAGCGCAAGUGGAUGCAGCUGAGAUGUGGCAACGCGCCGCUGCGGCGGGUCGCUUGGUACGACAACUGUCCCGACUCUGCACUCGAUAAAUUGCUGCGCACCGCGUGCCGCAUCGGCAUCGAGACCGAGUACCUGCUGUGCGAGAAGGGCGGUCUGCCCCUCGCAGUCUCCUCCUCCCUCCCAACCGCGCAGACGUACGAGCUCGUUCCGACGGUGAGGCGCGCGAGUGCGCUUGAGGUGGCCAAGGCCGCCGAGGCCGGUUUGUCGGUGCCCGGCGCGGAUGCCGUGGUGGUGGUCGACCCUGUCUCGACUGGCGCGGUGGUGGCGCACCAGGCUGUCCACCGCAUGGGCCUACAGGUGAUUUGCGUGUGGUCCGAGUCGAUCCCAGAGGAGCUCAAGGGCUUUGUCGCGCACGGGAUGGGCAUAAGCCAUGCGGGCGUCCUCUCCCAUGAGGUGGCCAAGACGGCGGCGGCGGUGCGCGCGAUCGGAGCCAACGUGGUAGCGUGUAUCGUCGGGUGUGAGACGGGCGUGUCUCUCGGCGACGCGCUCGCGGAGGCGCUGCAGCUGCCUGGCAACGGGACGCUCAAGUCUGGUCUGAGGCGCAACAAGUACGCGCAGGCGUGUGUCGACAGCAUCGAGGGCGUCGAGGCGUUUCUGGCAGCGUGGAGCCCGUCGCCUUACCGCGCCGUUGUCAAGCCGUACCUCGCGGGCGACGAGUACGUCGUCGACACGGUGUCGCGCGACGGCGUGCACAAGUGCGUCGCGCUCUGGAAGUACGACAAGCGCGUCUACAACGGCGCCCCCGUCGUCUACUAUGGCAUGCAGCUGCUCGCCAUCGACUCCGAGCCGAGGCUGGCCGAGAUGGUGGGGUACACAGCCAGCGUGCUCGACGCCCUCGGCAUCCGUCACGGCUGUUGCCACACCGAGAUUAUGCUGGUGGAGCGUGGUCCGGUGCUGGUGGAGGCUCCGAUGGCGGAGGCGGCGCUUGGCUACUCGGCCGUCACGGCGAUGCUCGAUUGCUACCUCGACCCGGCGGCGUUUGCGGACUUGCCCGUCGUGCCGAGCGACUUUUCGGUGCACGUGAUGGAGGCGAAGCUGCGCUCGCCGGUCGCCGGGGUGCUCAAGAGCAUCAACGAGGAGCGCUGGCUCGCCAUCACGCGACUGUCCUCUUUCAAGUCGGCGUGCGUCAUGGUGUCGGUCGGCCAGCCAAUCGCAAAAACGAUCGACGCGUGCUCCGCGUCGGGCAACGUGAACCUGCAGCACGAGUCGCUCGAGGUGCUGCGACGCGACUACGCCGCCUUCCACGAGCUGGUCGAGGCGGGCCUCUUCGAGGUGCACUAG